CAAAAUUAGUAUCAAAUUCACAUACUAAACAGUGAAGAAAAAGAUGGACCAUUGCUUUCUUUUUCUAUCCUCCUAAAAAAGGGUAAAAAUUAUGCCCACAAAUCAUAAUCAAACCGUCAUUAGUAAUUUCUCCCACCCCACAAAACCCAAUGCCAUUUCAGCAUUCAUUAGAUCUCCACUUUUACAACCCCACAGUUUCUUCCAUUAUUCUUUUCUUGCCUUCUCCCCACUCACUCACUCACACCACCUGUUCGACAAAAAGCGAGACCCAACCACAAACACACGCUUAUCAAAAACUAUUUUUCAUACCUAUAAGACUAAUAGUUUACUCUUUCUUCUCAUCAUUAACCGUGUCCCCUUGUCCCUCUUUACUCCUUAGUUGCCGGCCUUGAUUCUCUCGGGGACACUAUUCAAAACCCACAAAAGAUUUUUACCAUAAUGGGACAUGGUGAUAUAAAGUUCGAAUUUUUGGUGAAACGAUGCCUUUUGCCAGUGGCUUCGUGUUUUGGCUUUGUGGGUUCUGUUUAUAAUACCAAUUCUGCUGCUGCUGCUUCUUCUGUUAGUGUAUUACAUGUGUUUUUGGGAGCGUAUUUAAGUAAUGGUUGGACCAUUCUGUAGCUGUCUUUGUGUCGUGUAGGGAAAUUAACAACAGUGAGUUCGGCUUUUUGUGAGCAUAGAGCUGAGGGAGAGAUUACAGAGGCUUAGCUGUAAAGUUGGGGAGGAGCCCUGAAAGUAAAAAUGAUUACUUUGAUUGCUUUUUUGUGUUUAUAAUUUCACGUAAUUUUUGGGAGUUCAAAUUUAGUUUGACCCAUGUGGACUUCCAUUCCCUGUGGUUGCUGCGGUUGGUGGCCUGUCCUGGCUUUAUUUUAAAUGCUGGGAUUCUUUAAUUUAAUCAAGCAAUUGAGAAUUUAUUCCGCCAUAUCUGAUUCUUCAAAUUGAAAAAGACGCAAAGGUUGAAUUGAGUUUGAAUUGAAUUGGGUUCAGGUGAGUGAUUGUUGUUGGCAGAAAGAAAGGUCUUCUUAGUUGUGGAGGGUCAAAUGGCUCCAGCUGCUGGGAAGGUUGCUGGUUUGCACCGAGAAGGAAAUGACUGGUAUUUCUCUUCAUCUCCCUAACUUUUAUUUGUGAUCAUACAUGAAGAAAUAUGCGUAUUAAGUUGCAAAGUACAAAGCUUGAAUUAACUUUGAUCCUGUCCAACUCCAACGGAUGAUUUCAACAGUUAAGAACAUGUCUACUUUCUGUUAUAUAGGGAAGUUUUAUAACUAAAUUACCACAUGCAAUGUGGGAUGGAAUGCCCUUGUGGCUCCAUUAGACCGGUCCUCCGAAUUUGGUUUGUGAAUAAGAACUAGCUUUGCUGUUUUGGUGUUGGGAGGUGAAUCGAGUGAAAUUAUGUUCUUAUCAGAAGGAUGAUGUCGGAUGACCCUUCCAUAAUUGACGGAGAUUUCAUUAUUGGACUACUAGACUGACAUGAAUUCCUUCCUCCCUAAUGUGCAAAGUUGAACUCUUAUAUUUUUCAAGUUUUAGAUGGUGAACUAUUAAUUGAUAUUAAGAAUAAUGUGCGGCUUUGUGUAUUCGACAGGUUUUAUAAUGCAAGUUUGCCAAGUGAUAUCACUUUGGUGGUGGAUGGUGUUAACUUUCACCUUCACAAGGUACUUACUCAUCCCGCAAUGUAUAACAAGUUGAAUAUCACCGGUUGUUUUGUCUAAUUUUUAUUCCUUUUUAAUCUUUUGGUUGAAUGCUUUUGAUAUCAUCGUUUAUUUAGCCAGCUGGUUUGUUUCAGUUUCAUUGUUCCAACUGAACUUUUUAAUGUCAAAGGAUGUAGAUCUUAGUGAUAAAGAUUAGGAUUAUUACAAUUUGUGAACAUUCAAUAGUGUUUGUCAUCUCUGUUCUUAUCUUUUAUCUUUUGGUAGAGAUAGAAGUGUAAAAGAACAAAUCUACGUUUAAAAAUGUUACUCCUUAACUAUCAGCAAACUAUAGGGAACCAAGUCAUGGAGGCUAUUCAAAACAAAGAACAUUUAGUUCAAUGUGUCUCCCUGAGUCUGAGUUUUGAUUUUCUGCCAACUUCUACACUUUGUUAUUCUUAUAUUUUUUGGAAAUGGUACAAUUUGUUUUUUGAAUGAAUUAUUUUCCUUAUUUUUUUAUGAAACUUAACAAAACAUAAAUUCACCCCAAGGAUACACUUCGAAAUGUUCUAUUAUUUCUUUCUGGUUUACAAAAUGUUCUAUUAUAUUAUUAAUAAAGCUAAUUCUUUCUGCUGUUUAGUUUCCACUUGUAUCAAGAUGUGGGAGGAUUGCCAAGAUACUUGAAGAUUCUCAAGAUUCCCAUGAGGGAAAGUUUAUCACGACAUUAGAGGAUUUCCCUGGUGGUACUGACAUAUUCUUGAUUGCAACUAGAUUUUGUUAUGGUGCUCGGGUGGAAUUUACAGCAAGGAACGUGGUAAUGGUUUAUUGUGCUGCGGACUAUCUUGAAAUGACGGAAGAAUAUGGAGAAGACAAUUUAUUGUCAAAAUCAGAAGGUUAUUUCCACAAUAAUGUUCUUAAGAACUGGAAGGAUUGUCUUUUGGCUCUCCAGAGCUGUGAAACAGUUAUUUCAAGAGCAGAGAAACUGCAAAUUACAAGUAGAUGUUUAAAUGCCGUUGCUACGAUGGUUUGUACAGAUCCUAGUUUGUUUGGUUGGCCUAUGUUGAUGUAUGGUAGUUUGCAAAGCCCUGGAGGUAGCAUCCUGUGGAACGGAAUCAAUACAGGUGCAAAGAUCCAAAGCGCAAUAGAAUCAGAUUGGUGGUUUGAAGACGUCUCUUAUCUCAGCGUGCACUUGUUCGAGAGGUUGGUUCAUGCCAUGGAAGCAAGAGGUAUAAAACCUGACAAUCUAGCAAGUGCUAUAAUGUAUUACUGCAGAAAGUACCUGCCUGGUCUGAGCAGGUGGCAGGGUGGACAAAGUGGCAAGACCAGAACAGUUGCGAGUUUCAGCCUGACCCCAGCUCCUGUUGAUCAAAAGGCUCUUUUGGAGAGCAUAAUCAAGUUGCUCCCAGAGAUAAAAGGGAAAUCUUUCUGUCGUUUCCUGUUGGGGCUUCUACGAGUGGCUUUGAUUUUGGGUGUGGAUCAAAGUUGUGUGAACUCUCUAGAGAAAGUUAUAGGGAUGCAGCUGGAUCAAGCUACUUUAGAUGGGCUAUUGAUUCCAAGUUACUCAGACUCUGAUACACUUUACAAUACUGACUGUGUGGAGCGAAUGAUCUCGCAUUUUGUGUCCUUUGAACCAACACGAACGUCAGUAUCGCCAUCUUCCUUCAAUCUAGAGGCAUCUCCAUCAUCGGAACCUUUGAAAAGGGUUGCGAGAUUGGUUGAUGGAUACAUGGCCGAGGUUGCUUCUGAUGUUAACCUGAAACCUGACAAAUUGCGUUCACUUGCAGAAGCAUUGCCGGAAUCAUCAAGAUCUUUGCAUGAUGGGUUGUACCGAGCACUUGAUAUCUACUUUAAGGAACACCCAUGGCUUCAGGAAAAAGAUAAGGAACAGCUUUGCAAUAUUAUUGACUUUCAGAAGCUCUCCAUAGAUGCUUGCGCUCAUGCAUCUCAAAACGAAAGGCUACCACUCAGAGUUAUCCUCCAAGUUCUAUUCUUUGAGCAGUUGCAGCUGAAAACAGCUCUUGCUGGCUGCCUUCAUGUCUUGGAAGCUGAAACUGCUCCUCCAGCACCAACGAUUGCCACAGGUGAGGUUGCAGGUCAGAUUCUCCAGAGAGAUGGGUGGAUGACAGUCAUUCGCGAAAAUCAGGUCCUGAAAGUGGAUAUGGAAAGGAUGAGAUCUAGAGUAGGAGAGCUUGAACAAGAAUUCAGUAAAAUAAAACAAGAGAUGAAAAGGGUGACAAAGUCACACAGCUCUAUCAGUUCUCCUCGUUUUCUUGCAAAGAGCAUCGGCUGCAAAUUGCUUCCCCAUUCUUCCAAUGCUCAAACAGACACUGUUGAUAGUGGAGAACCUAGUCCAAGGGCCUCUGGUGAGCAUGCCCGACUUCAUCAGUUAAGGCACCGUAAAAGUUUCUCGUUGUUUUGAGUUUCCUGUCAAUCUGAAGCUGCUGUCCUUACACAUUUCUGCAAUUGGAAUCUAUCUUCUGAGAUUGAGGGCUCACAUGUGAAGAUUAGUUUGCAGUAUUAUAGGUUAAGGUGGCAAGUAAAUAGGUUAAAAUUACCCAUCUGAAGGGAAAAGGGCUACUUGCAUUUUAGUUCUCAGAUGUUGUGUUCAUAUUUGUACAUGUCCAGCUUUUAAAAUAUCCAACUUGUACAGUAGUGAAAUGGUGCAAUUUUUUUGUUUGUGUUUCCUAUCCUUCUUUUUGAGAUUAACUGUUCAUUAAUUCCCUCCAAACCACAAUGUGUGUACACGAACUGGG